GCCCGUUUCUAUGCCCCCAGCACAAUAUUUAUAGACGAGAUUGACUCUCUGUACUGCAGAAGGGGGUCACAUUCAGAACAUGAAGCAACAAGAAGAGUGAAGUCAGAGCUUCUAGUUCAGAUGGAUGGAGUUAGUUCUAGCAGUGAAGAUCCUAGUAAGCUAGUUAUGGUUUUAGCAGCAAUGAAUUUUCCCUGGGACAUUGAUAAUGCAUUACGGAGAAGACUGGAGAAACGGAUAUAUAUUCCUCUUCCAAAUAGUGAUGGACGUGAGGCACUAUUAAGAAUUAAUCUCCGAGAAAUAAAACUGGAUUCAGAUGUAGAUCUAAAGGAUAUUGCAAAGAACUUAGAGGGCUACUCUGGGUGUGACAUCACCAAUAUCUGCAGGGAUGCAGCACUGAUGUCAAUGAGACAUAAGAUUGCCGGUCUUCGUUCUGACGAGAUCAGACAGUUGCCGAAGGAGGCACUGGAUCUCCCCAUAACGGCGCAAGACUUUAAAGAAGUUCUUGCGAAGUGCAAGAAGAGCGUAUCAAAAGAAGACAUCAAAAAAUAUGAGGAGUGGAUGCUUGAGUUUGGAUCCAGUUGA